AUGGCAAACCUGGGGAGCACAAUUGCAAAAGAUCCGCAGCAAACUGAAGACAUGUCAGUUCGCACACAGACGAUCGUUUGGCCUGCUUCAACGUUUGUUACGACGUGGACUUUGGGAACAGGCUCUGACCCGACCGAAUCUCCGGCUACCGUUGUCCCCGCGCCAAAUUCGAGUUCAACGAGCAAUCAAAAUGUCGGUCCUAUCCUCAGUGGUGUCGUGGUAUUAUUAGUAUUGAUAUUAAUUUUCUGGUUUUGCUGUCGGCAGGCCGGCCCUAACGGUCGUAACUCAAAGCGCUCAAGUCGGCGACAGGGAUCGAGUUAUACAAGCAAAGGUAGCUCUAGCAGUUCAGGAGCUUCAAACACUUCAUCUCAGAACGACGCAAGUGUCGGGUCGGCAGCAAGCGAGAUAGUUGAAGACCAAUGGAACCAACAAGCACCGGUGCCUGAAAGGCCAAUGCCGGGAAUGCCACCACCUGUCGCGGGACAAUGGCCGGCACAACGGCCCGAGGUUGGAAUUGGACAAGCGCCGCUGCCGCCUCGUCCAGGGGUUACCGGGUCGAGGAGGACCUCCGCCAAUAAUGGGCCGCGGCGGAUUUCCUCCAGGCGUCAUGCAAUAGUUCUUCAAACUUCAAGUUUCAACUUUCUCCUCGAAGAGUGCUUCCAUCCCGAAGGCUCAGUUAUUCCCAUGACAGUCUCGCCAGCAGAGGGAGUGGCGGUUCAUAAGGUUCUUUAG